AUGACGACGAGACUCGUCACGCUUGCGUUCGUCUGCUUAGCUCGGGCGGAUGAGUAUACCCACCUUUACCAAACGAGCGAGGCCACCCAUCUGUGGGUCAACAAGGUGGGGCCUUACCACAACCCGCAGGAGACGUACACGUUCUACUCGCUCCCUUUUUGCAGCAGCUUUCCAGUCGAGAAGCUGGAGCACCGGUACGACUGGCUCGGUGAGGUGCUGGAGGGGAACGACCUCAUCGCGAGCGGCUUCGAGCUGCGCUUUCGCGAGCCGGUGCCCGACCACACCAAGGUCUGCUCCAUGGAGCUGGACGAGGAGAGCGCGGCUCAGCUCAGCUUUGCGAUUCACAAUCACUACUGGUACCAGUGGUACCUCGACGACCUUCCCAUCUGGGGGAUGGUGGGCGAGCUCACCACCUCGGACAGCGACGAGGACGAGUCGCAGGCCGAGGCGCUCCUCUUCACGCACAAGCGCUCUCGCUGCCGCCCGCCGGAUUGCGGUUCACCGCCCGCCGCCGACCCGCGGGCUCAUUGA